AUGUUUGUUCAACCUGCCUUAACACAGCAUCGUGGCAUGCGAUUGCUACACUACACGACUCAGCGACUGACUUCACACUACCUGCCCAGUCCUUCUGACAAUGGCAAGUUUUUGAAAUGCGAAGUCUCCGUGCCCGGAUUCGAUACCACUAGGAUCCUAGCAAAGAUGAGAGUGUUGUAUGGCGCCAUGAUAUCAUGUGAUGACGUCAGUGCUCACGUGGGUGAACGAAACGUAAACAUCCGGUGUGACGUCAGGUGCAAUCCGCCAUAUACUUUGCUCUACUGGGUUCUCAACGGAAACGGAAGUGCCGUAGUGGAAGGGCAAGAAAACGAAGAUUAUAAAUCUAUUGUCAUGACCCAAUCGCCCGAUCUAGUGGAAGCCAUAUUGGUUGUGAAUCACGUGACACCUUUGACGUCAUCGCACUACGUCAUCAUCGUGACCAAUGACGUGGCCGUGAGAGCCAGGGAUGUCUUUCUUAGGAUAGAUGCCACUCCAAAUCUGAGUGCGGGAGCCGACUCGAUAGUGAGAAAAAGUCCCAAAACAGUACCGACAACUUACCGUAAACCGGAGCACAACUCCAAACGAAUGUCGUUCUAUUUUGUACGUAACCACGGAAACUCUGACGUCAUAGUCGCAGGAAGCACCAAAAACUCUAAAAUCAUCUCGAUGGUCUAUAUCAUUGUUACUCUACUGGUCGGCAGUCAGUAUGACGUCAUUGUUCAUCUUCUCGUCAACCAGUGGGGGACCUUUAACUCUAAUAACAACUACAUGUC